CCCCCGGGCGCUGCGCGGCGGCCGCAGAAGAGGAGGAGACCGCCGGGCCCGGGAGGAGAGGCGCGGAGGGGAGCGGAGCUAUGUUAAACCCGGGGUACCGCUGAGGCGGGGCGGGCCAGGCCAGAGGCGGGGGCUCUCCAGUGGCGGGCGCGCAGGGGCCCGGCUCCCGAGGCGGCGACGGCGACAGGCAGGCAGCGAUUGCGGCGCGGGAAGCGGCUCCGCAGCCACUGGGCCAAUGAACAUGUCAGUGUUGACUUUGCAGGAAUACGAAUUCGAGAAGCAGUUCAACGAGCAUGCGGCCAUCCAGUGGAUGCAGGAGAACUGGAAGAAAUCAUUCCUGUUUUCGGCUCUGUAUGCUGCCUUUAUAUUUGGUGGUCGGCACCUAAUGAACAAACGAGCAAAAUUUGAACUGAGGAAGCCACUAGUGCUCUGGUCCCUGAGCCUUGCUGUCUUCAGUAUAUUCGGUGCUGUUCGAACUGGUGCUUAUAUGCUGUACAUUUUGAUGACCAAAGGCCUGAAGCAGUCAGUGUGUGACCAGAGUUUUUACAUUGGACCUGUCAGCAAGUUCUGGGCAUAUGCAUUUGUGCUAAGCAAAGCACCUGAACUAGGUGAUACAAUAUUCAUUAUUCUUAGGAAACAGAAGCUCAUCUUCUUACACUGGUACCACCACAUUACUGUGUUACUUUACUCUUGGUAUUCCUACAAGGACAUGGUGGCUGGGGGUGGCUGGUUCAUGACCAUGAACUAUGGGGUGCACGCCGUUAUGUACUCUUACUAUGCCUUGCGGGCUGCUGGCUUCAGAGUCUCGCGCAAGUUCGCCAUGUUCAUCACCUUGUCGCAGAUCACUCAGAUGUUGAUCGGCUGCGUCAUCAACUACCUGGUCUUCUCCUGGAUGCAGCAGGGCCAGUGCCAUUCCCACGUGCAGAACAUCAUCUGGUCCUCUCUCAUGUACCUCAGCUACUUUGUGCUCUUCUGCCAUUUUUUCUUUGAGGCCUAUAUUGGCAAAACCAGAAAAGAAAGGAAGGUUGACUAGAGGUAGAAAUGAGAAGCCAUAGCUCAGGGUCAUCGAGAAAAAUAAAACUGCAAGACAAGAAAAUGGCACAAGGAAACACAUAUAUGUAUGGUGCAGCUAAAACUUGGCAGCUUAGGGAAAGUUAGCUUGGUUUAAUCCAGUAAGUUUAUGAUCCUAUCAUGGUGAGGACUCACUGAAUUCUACUCUAUCUCAAAGGACUGCUGACGAAAGACAACUUGAUUCUUGUACCUGUCUGCUCGAGAAAAGAAGGGAGAAAAGAAAGAAGAGAAAAAAGGAAAGAGAGAAGAAAAGAGAAAAGGAGUAAUGCUGAUGGGAGAAAAAAACACAAGUAUAUUAAACAAGCAGUAUGUUUCCCUGUGCUGGAGGAGAGACUUUAUCAAAAAAAAAACCAAACACAGAAGUUUCUAGAUCCUUUCUAACACAUUCUCAGCAUUAAACUAGAACAAAGCAAAACAGAGAGGUGACAAAAAAAUUAUCCAUCAGUGAUAACAACAAGCUUGCCAAAUUAAACUCUUUUCUGUAGAAGGUUGAUACCUGUAGCCAAAAUGAAGCCCGGAAAGAUAUUUCCUGCGUGGAAGGUGGCUGAACUCCCCAUUGUGGUGAUGAGUGGAAAAGAGAAGGGAUUGAUUUCUCUGCUAUGUACUCUGGGACGCAGAGUUGCCUCCCUCGGGAGGUGGAAAGGAGCAGUGCUAUUUACAAGAGUUUAACGUGCGAAGCUGCACCGUUGCAAUACAUAUAUCAGCGAGUGCAUUUCCAAGUGCAUUUUUCAGUUAAAGGCAAGGGGUUUCUGCAGCUGGAUAAGUCAUAGAGGGUUAAAUCAAUCAACACUUGCUAAAUUACCCGGGGCUAAUAGCAGAGGGAUGUUCAGGAAGGAGAGGGAGGCAACUCCCCUCCUGUGAUUUUUAGGAAUUACCUGCUAAUCUCCGUUUAACCCACUGCAUUAAAACGGGGCAAAUGGGAAGGAAAAGAGUGAUGCAUCUGCUCGCUGUUCCCAGAACAGAGCCCUGUGCUACAAUACAGAUUCUGGACUUCUGGGGACACGAGGAUGCCUGCCCGGGUGGGGAAGAGGUGUCAGGACUGUGCGACAUUGGGUAACACUGUGCUUCUGCGUCUGCCUCCUGGGCAGCGCAGAGAUGUUCAAAGUGCCCUCCUCUGGUCAUGUGGAGAUACUACUACAGAACAUACUUGGAAUAGGUUUUUCUUCAGAUUCGUCUAGGGGGAAAAAAAAAAGUGUUAAAAAAAUUAGUCUAAACAGAGUAAUUUUGCUGCAGCAGCUUAACUCUAAAGUCCAGAGAGAAUGAAUCCUUCACCAAGUGUCUCUCUCUCUCUCUCUCUGCAGAAUCUGUACUGUAACAUCAGCCUGACCACUUAGGAAGACACUUUCUUCUCUGAAGUCAGCUACAGAUAGAAGGAGAAAUGUUAUUUUACUCUGAACCUUAGAGAGUUAGUUGAGAACAGCCAUAUUCUUUCAAAGACAAGUAGGUUGCAUUAUCUGUGAUAUUACAGUCCUUACGAAGCCAAAUACAGCGUGUAAAAGUUCCUAGUACUUCAAAGACUCAAGUAUGUAAACUUGGUGUUAAAUGUGUUAAUGUAGUACUCUAAAUUGUAUCAGUUAGGUAGUUUUAAACUAAACAAUUAGAAGAACUAGAUCAACAAAAUAGGGACUGCUGUUCUGCAUAGGAUAUACACACACCUAUAACUACACCCAUAGACACAUCCUGUGAACAAAAAAAUAAGCCCAGUGGCAGAGAAUCACAUUUCCUGGCUAAUGCAAAAGACUGUCAUUAUCUUUCUUGCUUUAAUUUGAGAUUGUACAAUACAAAGGGGUAUUUUUUGGGGGUGGUUUUGAUUUUUUUUUUUACUAUGACUUUUUUAGCUUUAAUUGUGCUGUCAUUCAUAAAACAGAGCUGCUUUAGUAUCCUGUUAAGAGAUGACAAGGGCUUUCGGUGUCUCAUUAUACACAAAAGGAGAAAAAAAACCACCAACAACACAAAUAAAGUUACAUUCCAUCUUAUGUGAAUGGUCUUACAAAUCAAAAAGCCUUUGCGGGCUGAAAUCAUAAUUAUAAUGAGCAGAAAACGAGUUUACAUUUGUGUUAUUUAUAAGUUAUUGAUGUGCUGACAUUAUUUAUGGUACACAACAACUAGCAAAAUGUGAUACGCAGUAAUGAAGCUAUGGUAUUCAUUAAUAGGCCUACUGUAUAUGUGGAAAUACUAGACAAAGCCAAUUAAAUGUGUAAACCAUUCUGUUAUACA